AUGUCAUACUACUUUGUGAUCGUUGGAGUCUUGGAUAAUCCGAUAUAUGAGGCACAUCUAACGACCUCCAAGACAUCCGCGUCAUCGUCGGUCCCACCAGCGCCGCUAUCAGCACAUCCGUCAUACUCGUUAUUGCAAGAGCUCAGCGGGCCAUUACCGACGAGUGUGGGUGGAGUCGUAGGGGAUGAGAAGGUGGAAAAGGAGAAGGAAGGGCCGAGCCAGGAGGACCAGUCGGUCAUCAGCUACGCCCGCAAAGACUCCGAGAGAGGCAGACACGUCGUUCAGCUCGUCAGCCACGCCGCACUCGACACUAUCGACGCCCUCAUCUGGUCCGAGAAAUCGAUGCACUUGAAACAAAUCGAUCGCUUCCACGAAUGGUCCGUCUCAGCUUGGAUUCCCCCCGGUGGGAUGAGGUUCGUCUUGCUCCAUGAGAUCAAGAACAACGAUGACGGGAUUAAGAUGUUUUUCCUCGAGGCCUGGGAGUCCUUUGUCCGACACCAAUUGUCACCUUUCUAUGAGAUCAAUUCAAGGAUCACAAGUCCCCAGCUGGACCUCCGGAUCAAAACCAGCGCUCGCAAGUUUCUAUAA